UUGGUUUGUAAAUAUACGGUUAUUUCAAAUUUAUUCUGAAAUAAAUCUAUUCCUAGGAAUCAACUUCUGCGACUCAGCAAUUAUUCAUUUAAAAAAGUCAAGUUUUGUCCCUCUGAACAUUUCCGUCUCAUAAAAUGGAGAAAGAAAUAAAAAACGAAAUUUUAAACCCAUUCAAUUUACUCGGCCGUCAUAAAACUCGGCGAAUGUGAGUUUUAUUUCGCAACAUAAGAGCUUUUGUGAACGCUCACGCUCAACUUGAGAACAAGAAGUUGUUGCCGGGGCGUGGGCGGGGUGGUGUGGGGGUGCACGAAGGGGUCCCCCACCGUCCCGACCGCCAAAUGCACACAACUUUCGAGGUGGACACUUGGCGAGUUUGCUUCCUUCGUGCGAUGCUGACCGUCGUGGCCGCGGCUGCCCUGCUCGCCGUCACCUUCGCCUCGACACCCGUGCAACUCUCGUACCCUGGCAGCGCCCGCAGCGAGAGGGACCUGCCCCUGUGUGCCGCCAACGCCGUCUGCAGCGUCCUGCACCGCAGGUUUUGGGGCGCGCAACCCCUGCUCGAGCGUUUCUGCAGAUGCCCCGGCCGACUCGAGUGUCCCUCCGCGUGGACCAUGGACCCGCUCAGGGACAAUCAGAGCAUGCAGCUCAACAACAGGUCGCAGCUCAAGUUCUGCAACGACGUGAAAAGUUUGGGCAAGUGCAAGAGCACCCAGGUGGCUCUGAACGUGACCACCCGAAGCACCCCGCCUGACCGGCUGACGCAGACGGCAGCGUCCGUGUCGACCGUUUCCACGGCCAACUGCUUUUGUCCGCCGUGGCCGGCGCCGCGCCACUGGAAACACGUUCGCACCAGCAAGCGGCGCUUUUUCAACGGCACGCUCGACGUCGCCGACACGUACUCGUGCGCCAAGCUGCCGCGGUGCGAGGAAGGGGAGGCGUGCGGCGUCGUGAGGCAGGACUUGUUUUCCAUUUACUUCAAGUGCUCGUGCCUCCGAGGACGAAUCUGCUACUCAACGGCCCACGCGAGCCCCACUAACAAGUCGGAAGUUCUGUUUGAAGGCCCCGUCUACGAGGCGCACUGCCUUUGAUACUUCAAAAGCAAUUUUUGUAAAUUACCUGUAACGAUUUUGAGGCCAGUUCUUGAACCGUGGGCAUCAGGUACUCCAGGUACUUGUCGUGCCACACAACCCUAGACACAAGGCCAAUGCGCUCGGCCUCCAUCGAGGUGAUUUUUCGGCCGCUAUAUAACAAGUCUCCAGCCUGCAAAAUAUAAAAGAAUGAGCCAG